UUCUUCUAGAGCGUGUGCAUAGGGGCAGAGGGGAGUGAAGUCCACAGUUCCAGUUUUAGUAGAAGCGAGCACAUGUCCACAGUUAGCUCUUCUCCUAGAGGCAGAAGGGGCGCGGGGAAACCACCUGGCGUCGCUCUUCCGAUUGCUGAGCCAGAGCUCCCUUUAAUGCCGCAGGCCGGCGCCCUUCACUGGUAAACGACUGGGGCUGGGCCUCGGCCUGGAAGUGGCGUCCGUCCUCUCCGUGACCUCAGGUCGUAAAUGAGGACACCGAAGCUCGGGGUUGGGCGGGAACCCAGGUGUCGUGACCGCGCACGUCCCGCACCCCCUCCGCCAUGUGUCUCGGGUCCAGCGCUCACUGGAGCGCCUCAGCCCCGACUCGGUGUAGUCGCGAGCCGAAACCUUUGACACCACCCCUUCCCUCCCCGUCCAGCCCACCGACCAUGCCCGCGGGCGUGCCCAUGUCCACCUACGUGAAAAUGCUCGCAGCCAGCUUCCUGGCCAUGUGCGCGGGGGCAGAAGUGGUGCACAGGUACUACCGACCAGACCUGACAAUACCUGAAAUUCCACCGAAGCGUGGAGAACUCAAAACAGAGCUUUUGGGACUGAAAGAAAGAAAACACAAACCUCAAGUUUCUCAACAGGAGGAACUUAAAUAACUAUGCCAAGAAUUCUGCAAAUAAUAUUAUAAGUCUUAAAUUUGUGUUUCUUAAUUUAUUGCAUCAAACUACUUGUCCUUAAGCACUUAGUCCAAUGCUAACUGCAAGAGGAGGUGCUCAGUGGACGUUUAACUGAUAUGCUGAAAUUUAAUUACAGUUUGAUAUUUCCUGAAAACUGCCAAAGCACAUAUCAUCAGCUUCAAGAAUAUGGUUUGGAAGAUGUUUAGUCCUGAAUAUAAUGUGAAAUAGAAUAUUUAUAAGUCCAUUAUAUGGGUUGUCUUUAUUUCAUGUACAUUAAAAAAAUCAUUUAAAACUGAACUAGUUUCAUUAAUUGAAUUUGCUAAGUGGAGUUAUUUCUCAUUGCUAAACUGAUAUUUUCAAAUUCUGAAUCUGUACUAACUUUAGUAAAUGAACACCAAAGUGGUGAGCUUUGAUAAUACAUUUUGUGGAUACAAAAUCAUUAUUGCCUCAUCACUUAGAAUGAAAGCUCAGGGGCAUUGCUCACCUUUUGCGUGAAGAAAAGACCUGCCCUUUAGGGCCAGUUUGUGCUUAAGAGGAGGAUAGACCAUCACUCAGUGGACAUUUUAGAAGCACCGCAUACCUUCCUUUUACAGGUACAGAGUAAGUGGUCUGGCUACUGCUACUGAGGGAGAGAGUCAUGAUUUGAAUCCAAGUCUCCGGUAAAAUAAUGACAUCAUGAAGGUGAAAAAUCAGUUUUACGGUUAUUAAAGUAAAAAUUUACCUCGAGUGAAAAUGCCAUCUUUAUUUCAUUAAGUGCUGGUUCUAAAUGACUUCCACUAAGAUACAUUUUCUUCCUUCUUUGAAGUUGAUCCCCGUUGUGAAAAAUAUACAUUGUAGUGGUCAUGGAAAUGUGCCAUCCAGACUCCCUAACGAAGGCUUGUUGCCCUAGCAUCAGGCAGGCCAGCAGCUUUCAAUGGCCGGUUUCUGGAAGGAUUGCCGUGGCUACAGUGGCCUCGCUUAAAGUCAUGCCUCCUGAAGGGGCCCAAAUGCAAUGACUGUUGGAGGUGAGAGUAGAAUAGGCCUGGCCAUGUCAGCACGAGUGGGUGGGCAACUCUGAUGGGCCCACAACUCCCUCUGGGCUUCAUAGACAUUGUCUUUGGAUCUGCGUUGCAGCUUAACUUCUCCCUCUGCUCAGUCCCGUUUCCUUCUACAGGUAUUGAUCCAAGCGUGCGCCUUAAUAGACACGGUCCGUCCGCACCCCCCAACCCCCGCCACUAAACUGCACUUCAGUGUUUCUUGGAGGAACAAAUCUGUAACAUAUAUGCAUUAAAAAUUAAAAGCAGU